CAGUGAGUCUCUCACCCGCCAUCUUAGAAAUGGCGGCUCCGCUGGGUGGAAUGUUCACGGGGCAGCCUCCCGGACCCCCGCCGCCGCCGCCGGGGCUCCUGGGCCAGGCUUCGCUUCUUCAGGCCACACCAGGUAUUCCGAGAACUUCUAACAGCACCUUAGUGGACGAGUUGGAGUCAUCUUUCGAGGCUUGUUUUGCUUCUCUUGUGAGUCAGGACUAUGUCAAUGGUACAGAUCAGGAAGAAAUUCGAACUGGUGUCGAUCAGUGUAUCCAGAAAUUUCUAGAUAUUGCGAGACAGACAGAAUGUUUUUUCCUACAAAAAAGAUUGCAGUUAUCUGUCCAGAAACCAGAGCAAGUUAUCAAAGAGGAUGUCUCAGAACUAAGGAACGAAUUACAGCGGAAGGAUGCUCUGGUCCAGAAGCACUUGACCAAACUGAGGCAUUGGCAGCAGGUACUGGAGGACAUCAAUGUACAGCACAAGAAACCGGCCGACCUCCCCCAGGGCUCUCUGGCCUACCUGGAGCAGGCGUCUGCCAACAUCCCUGCACCCAUGAAACAAAGCUGAGGCCAGGCCAGCCUGGGAGUGCACUGGCGGACAAGUCGGCCCAGAUGGUUUGCCAGACAUCACUUUUUAUAGACGUGACAUUUGGGAGAACUCUUUGCCAGGGAAUGAGAUGAGUUUAGUUUCAUGCUCUCACCUAAAAUUUUUCCUUUUUUAUAAGCACUAUUUCUUGAGUACUUUAUGAAAUGCCUAUUGCUUUGGUAAACUAAGUAUAUCUUCUUUGCUAAAGUUAGACUGUUGGUAUGAUGUCACAGAUUCCUUUUGAUGUGAUGGGGGUUUUUGUUUUGCUGCUUGUUUUUAUUGUUUUCAUUUUCGUAUGAAUCAGUCUCUAUGUUUGCAGUUUUAGUUUGUAUGAUCUGAUCCACAUAUCAGGAUAAGGAUUUUGGUUGCAGGCUUUUUAUGAUAAUUUAACCCUCAGUGGCAGUAGAUAAAAAUGUACAGAUUUGCUGUUUCAAGACUGAACUACCUCAAGAGGAAUCUAAUGCAACAAUGUUUAUGACACUUCCAGAGACUUGGAAUGAGGAUAUUUUGUAAAUAGGUCAGAAAAGGAUGAUACUAUCCUAGAUUAGUGUAGUAACUGUCACUGGACUGCAGUUACCUGGUGCUGGAGGAAUCCAGAAGUAUCCUUAAGGUGAUGCUGACUUCUCUUCGGGCCAAGUUUAUGUUUUGUGUAGUGUUUAUUUACUUUGGAGGCUGGGAUAUGGUAGGAGUGGUGACGUAUUAAACUCUGUACUUUGUGCAGUAAUGAAUGGGGCAGACCCUGCUCUCAACAGCAUGACAGCUGCGGCAGAGGUGAGAUGUGAGGAUAUCAAGGCUUGCUGUGGUCAACUCUGAGUUUUGAGUUUUGUGUGUUCUGCUUUUUUGGAGCAGAUUUCUCCAUCCGUGAAGGUUUGCGCUGAUGGAUGGUGUUAAUUCCAAGGGGCCCUGCCCCAGUGGGAAGUGGGCUGCAGGGUGCAUGUGGAGCCUCCGUGUUUGGGAAGCCCAUCUUGCCCUCUUGUUGGUCACACAGGCCACCUGUGGCACUCUGUUGAAUGGCCAUCGAGAAGUACAAACUGGCACUGGGCCCGGCUCUCAUAGGCUGAACCUUUGCUUUCUCUGUUUACGUCCCUUGUUAGAUUACAUCCCUGUACCCUAAACCGGUGCUGCACCGCCUUCUGAACAGGCAGUACUUCCAUGACUCGGUGUCUUGGUCCCUUUGUUUCCUCCAGCCUCGAAGGCCCCUCCCCACGUGACACCCACUCAAGUUCCCAUCUGGCCUGGACGCCGCCUGGUCGGUGCAGCCUCUGAAGGCCGUCACAGAACCUCUUGUCUCUUCCGCCAGCCUUGCUUAGUUCUCCCUCCGAGGGUGGUGAUCUCUGUCUCCUCGUCCCUCGUGAGAAGUCGGCAUUAUUCCCCUCUGACUGUACAGGGAGACACCUUUCUUAUACAUGACACCUACUCCUCACCUUUGGUUGCAUGUGUGUAUAUAAUAUGUAGCCUAAUGCCAGCGAAUUCCCUCAAUCAGAAAGUAGAAGUUAAAGCUUUUCAAAGUUGUUUGAAGUCACAUUAUCUGAUUUCAGGGUUGUCAACAUGGUCCUCUUGUGCCAGUCAGAAGCUCUGACGGGCAGCUUUAGAUGUCUUGAUUAAAACCUAACUACACUAACUACGUUUUUAGGCAUUCUUUCACUAAUGAAAACUGCAGGAACAACUCUGUGUGGGGCAUAUGUAUCCGUUAUUGCCACUUCUUUACUAAAUUCAAAAGUAUUUUGUCAAAUAAAUGACAGUGUUUCACUUUC